CGCGCUGGCGGCAGGAUCUCUGAGCGAUUUCGCUAGAUACGGUUCGAGUUGUGAUUUUUCUUGUGAUUAAUUUUCGUUAUUGAUGACGUUCUAUGUCAGUUGAAUUCUUCGACAGGCAUAUUAGUACAGUGAAAUUAAAUUCUAAAGCUUCGGGAACAAAACUUUAAUACUUUGAGUUAUGUUAUCGCGACGUCAAUAAAAUCGUAACAUUUAGAUCGUCACACGUUAUUAUGACUAUCUUGCGAUUAAUGUGUCGGUUAUGAUAAGCGAGGUGAUUUGACCAAAACUUGUAUCACUGAAGGAGGAAUACCAAAGAAAAUGUGUGCCAAAAUGUUUUUGUAUAGUUUUUACCUGUUUUCUCUGUUGUGGAUUGGAGUGCCGGCCGAAGAGGAGGUUUCAUCACCACUCCGUGUAGCGCAGUGUAGAGCAACAUGCUUAGAAAAGUUCGCGGCGCCUCGGCCCGGCGGGGAGUCCUCGUGUUUGCAGGUCCCAGACUGCUUUAUGUGCUGGGAGAAUUGUGAGCUGCUACAAUCAAACUUCCAAGUAUGGGGAGCCCUUUGUGAAGAGAGGGAUAUAUGUUUCCCUGGCUGCAAGGUUGCGUGCAAGUUCCACACUGAAGCAGCCAAAGCUUCACAGACCCAGCCUGUGAUCCACACGAAGGGUGAGGGAGUGAUGCGAGUUAGCGGAGCCCUCGCUCGCUGGCCUCCACCCGCUCCCCGCGCUGCCUCCCGUCCAGCACCCCUCGUUUACGUCGUCAUGCGACGCGCCGCCGAAGGACCAUGGCGACAGAUUAUACAAACCCAAGCACUAGCCACUAGAGUACCCUCCAACAAUGAAGGAGCCCUCUUAAGAGUUCUCGUCGUAGAUCCACAGGGACUUGUCACUAUCUACAGCCCAGAUGAAACUUGGGUUGCCCAUGACACAAAUGCUUCGAACGUUGAACAUAAGUGGACACUAAAAGAGAUAUCCCUUAUUCACCAAAAAGUUCUUGUUAUCGGAGAAAUUGCCUGGGAGCCUAGAAUAGCCAGGGGCGUAUACCUUGUCACUUGGGAAGUUGAUGGUGGAGGUUUAAAAGGAAACCUUUUCACAGACUCUACUCGAGUGACUUUAUCACUAUGGCCUGAUACCGUCUACCAUAUACAGGUAGAGUUGGUUUCACGUACACCAGGAGUAGAUAACGAGAGGUCUGAAACCAUGACAAUUGAUACAAGUCGAGCACAGAGAGUUUCUACAGAAAGCGUUCAAGAUGUUCAAGUAAGUGAAGGUGAUCGCCUUAUGUCAGUAUUAGUGAGCUCUAUGCGUGGAGAGAGAGUGCCUGAACGUGUCCCUGACUCAGAAUUAGUCUUGGGUUGUUUAUCAGCUAUGAUUGCAUUCGGAUUUGCAGUACUUGUUGCUAUUGUCUGGCGACGAAAAAGGCGAGGUACUUUUCCUGGAACCAACGUUUAUGUAGGAUCAUCAUCUGUUCUCAAAAGAAAGUUGGUUGAAGACUUUACUCCAACAGCACACUGUUUCCAGCCAGUGAUAGCACCAGAAACACCCAGCAAUGAGGUGGCCAAUCGGGACGUCGUUGUGUGACGUCAUAGCUUUGAUAUGCUGUCUAUUGAAGACUGCGCCUUCAGUUCCUAAAUCUUCUGACACUGGUGUGAAAGAAAUGGUGUUAUUUUAAAUAAGUGAACUUUGUGAUACAACGGACUUUCAGCAGGACUAAACAUGAACUAAUGGUAUUGUGAAGUGUAAGGACUAUUCAGUUAAAUACUUUAUGAAACUCAAUGUAAAAUGCUGCUGUUAUAAAAUAAUAUUGUGAAUUUUUUGUAUGUAGAUUAGGAGAUUGUAAAUUGAGAAUUAUUAAUAAAUGUAUUUAUGAAACACAGUAAGGUUAACACCAGAAAAAUUAGCAGUGUAAAUACGUUAAGUGCAACAUAGUAAACUGUAAUUUUCUAAACUUUGAAAUAAUAUUGCUUGUAUAUAAUGACUGUAUUACUUAUAUUGUCGUACCUAUGUGUUAAAACAUUUCUGUUUAUCGUCUCAACGAGUCUCGAUAUUAAAACAUGAUUGAUAGACUUGUCAAAUCAGUAUAAAAAUUCUAGAACUACUUUUACAACUAGUCCAUUAUAAUCAUUUAGUUAUCAUAGCUAUUAGAUAUAAUUUACUAUUAAUAGUUUCUGAUGAGUAACUACUCAUCCUAGAGAACUUUACGAUGUCUUCUUCAGCAAUAAAUACUUAUUGUAUGUAUUUGUAAAUAUUCUAUACAUUAAUUGUACAAACGUAUCAGAGAAAUUAUAUUUUUCUUGGACUUCAAUGGAAAUGUUUUUAGAUAUUACGAGUGGAAUAUGUCAAAUCAUUUAAAAACAGGAUUUUGUUUCAAAUCAGUAUUAUCAAUUCGUAGAGCAGAUUAAAUGGCUAACCUUGAUUCCUUAUAACAUUUACGAUAUAGAUAUAAUUUGUUUAAAGUUGAUGUUAGGCUUUGAACGGCGUACUUAUGUAACUUAAGUUUUGUCAAUAGUUAAUCAAUCGUGAAAAUAAUUUCUGAAUUUUAAAUGGUGAAUUUUGUUUUGAACCAAAAUCCGAAUAGAGUAAGUUAGGUCGAUUAAAUUUAUUUAUUUUUGUGAUUAAUCUUGUACCUUCACUCGAAAUGUAAAUAACAUUAAUUGCUAAUACAGCUGGAGUUUAACAAGUAUGAAUAAAUAUGU